UCGCCCCCUCCAAGCUUGAACUAUUUACAUGCCUCCUCAAUUCAGCCCUUCCUCAGCAAAUGCAGAACCAUGAGCCGUGAUGAACUCAAUGGCGAUCUUAUCUACAUGCCUCUACUCACUUGCCGGAAUUCUCCUGCUCGCCUAUGGCACUAACUUUAUGAUGUAUAACGUCUUUACGGGUUCUGCAUCGCAUCCUCCGAGUAGAGAAGCAAUAAGUGCAGGUACUGGAUCCAGGGGUUGUCCCCAUGAGCCUGUCGAACGCUUCAGAGUCGACUUCGGUCUCGGUCCCGGCGCGACGCUGUUCGGCUACCCGUCGAAGAAAGGCGGCGUCUACGUGCUAGAAGGCGUCCUGGGCGUGGAGCUUGACUUCCUGGGCCUGGACCGUUUCCACCCUACGCCACGAAAGUCAUUUUCUGACCCUGCUGAAGAGGAGGCCGAUGAGGAUGCGUGGUGUUACAAGCGUAUGUUUUCCUUAUCCGUUCCCUUUAUUACUCUUUCUUUUCAGCCGGGUAAUAACUGACGAACCGGUGGGAUCAGUACGACAACUAGGCGCAAUCUGGUGGAAGGCCAGGUACGAUUAUGACAUGAUGUUGAUAGGGGGGGACAUCUGGAGAGGAGACGAUCCCUUCGUCACGACCGGGUGGCCGGCGACGGGAGGAGUUUGGAUACUGAAGACGACGAAGGGUGAUGCUCGCGGGAGAGGUGUAGGUAUCAUACACAAUGCGUAUAAUAUGGAGGAACGGUGUAGGGCUAUCGAGAAAGUCGGGGGUGUCUUUUAUGCUGAUCCGAAGGAUUGUCCUGAUUUGGAUUUGGAUUAAGGAUAGUGUCUACCUACAUCGACGACUGUUCUGUCUCUAGCUUAAACCAACCUCGACGCAGGAACUAAGGGAUACUACAAAAACAUAAAACAUUGAAACAAUGGAAGCUCAGAAACUUAGCAUUAGCCGGUCCCCGGAGUUAACUUUGAUACGCGGGGUAACUUACAGUGUGC